AUGAGAUGGGAUGAUCUGAGGCCAUCAGACGAAACCGCAUGGCCGACAGUCCCGUCCUGUGGGACGGGUCCGCUCCACCGCGUGAAGAGGGCAUGGAUACUAUCCUAUGCGGCGGGUCUAUCAUUAGUCACUACUGUAGUUCACCGGUCCGCUCCAUCUGGCCCGCCAGCUCCCAUCUCCGCGCGCCUCGCACCCUCGUCCUCAUCCUUCGCUAUACGACGUGCCUUCGCCUUCGGUACCGUUAAACAUCCGGUCCAGCGUUGGCAGAUUACCCCUUGGCUCCGGGAUCCCGCGUGGAAAGGCGUCUACCGCAACUCGCGCCGAGCAAAGCUGAGAUGUGGCCCCCUGCCGGUCAUGCUGUGCAACAUACCUUACGGUCACGUAUUGUCUUGCCAUCGUCAUCACUCAGUGCUAUCCCAGAGGCCAAUACCCGGAGAACUUCAUUGCGCUUUUACGCCACUACUUGGUAUGUGA